CCCGUCCCUCCCCCAAUUGCAGGGGUCGGGCCAGUGCCUGGCCGGCGGCCUGCGGCGGGCCGCCUCCCAGCUGUAGCCACCCCCCUUAAACGCGGCGGCGGGAAGAUGAGGUUUCGGGAGCCGUUCCUGGGCGGCAGCGCCGCGAUGCCGGGCGCGUCCCUGCAGCGGGCCUGCCGCCUGCUCGUGGCUGUCUGCGCGCUGCAUCUUGGCGUCACCCUCGUCUACUACCUGGCCGGCCGCGAUCUAAACCGCCUGCCUCAGCUGGCCGGAGUCCCCACACCGCUGCAGGGCAGCUCUAACGGCGCCGCCGCCAUCGGGCAGCCCUCCGGAGAGCUCCGGUCCCGAGGGGCCGCACUGCUGCCGCCUUUGCGCACCUCAGCCAAGCCGCGCUCGGGUGGCGACUCCAGCCCAGACGCGGACUCUCGCCCCGGCCCCGGCCCCUCGGGCAACCUGACUUCGGCCCCAGUGGCCCCCGCCACAACACCCUCUCUGUCUGCCUGCCCUGAGGAGUCACCGUUGCUCGUCGGCCCCAUGAUGAUUGAGUUUAACAUGCCCGUGGAUCUGAAGCUUGUGGAGAAACAGAAUCCGGAGGUGAAGCUGGGUGGUCGCUACGCCCCCAAGGACUGCAUCUCCCCUCACAAGGUGGCCAUCAUCAUUCCAUUCCGCAACCGACAGGAACACCUCAAGUACUGGUUGUAUUAUUUGCACCCAAUCCUACAGCGUCAGCAGUUGGACUAUGGCAUCUAUGUUAUCAACCAGGCUGGAGAAUCCAUGUUCAACCGUGCAAAGCUCCUCAACGUUGGCUUUCAAGAGGCCCUGAAGGACUAUGACUACAACUGCUUUGUGUUUAGUGAUGUGGACCUCAUUCCAAUGAAUGACCAUAAUGCCUACAGGUGUUUUUCACAGCCACGGCACAUUUCUGUAGCAAUGGAUAAGUUUGGAUUUAGCCUACCUUAUUUGCAGUAUUUUGGAGGUGUCUCUGCUUUAAGUAAACAACAGUUUCUCACCAUCAAUGGAUUUCCUAAUAAUUAUUGGGGCUGGGGAGGUGAAGAUGAUGACAUUUUUAACAGAUUAGCUUUCAAAGGCAUGUCUGUAUCUCGCCCAAAUGCUGUGAUCGGGAAGUGUCGGAUGAUCCGCCACUCAAGAGACAAGAAAAAUGAACCUAAUCCUCAGAGGUUUGACCGAAUUGCACACACAAAAGAGACGAUGCUCUCUGAUGGUUUGAACACACUUACCUACCUGGUGCUGGACGUUCAGAGAUACCCGUUGUAUACCAAAAUCACAGUCGACAUCGGGACACCGAGCUAGCGUUUUGGUACACUGAUAAAGAGACCUGAAAAUGGCCAGGGACCUCUGCUGGGUAUCUCUGCCAAUCUGCUGGGCUGGUCCUUCUCAUUCUUACCAAUUAGAGUGAUGGGCCCUCUCUGCUCAUCAUUCAGAUGCCUUUCCAGAUGACCAGGACGAGUGGGACAUUUGGCCCCCAACUUGGCUCGGCACGUGACUUCUUAGCCCUCCGAGGUGUAUUUAAGCAUAGAAACCGUCAGCCUUUGGAGGGUUCUAAGCCUGUUCACAGAGUGACCCCAAAGAACCAGAGCUAUACACACCCCCAAAUCUAGUGACUGUGGGACUCAUUCCCAGUAAAAAAAACCUGCUAAUUUGUUGUCAGAUAGGUAAGAACUGCGCUUUAAAUUGUAGUAAUAUUACUUUGUGAAUACGUGGAGAGUGCUGCUGAAAUUGCAUUGCUGUGAUGAUCUUUGGUUGUCAUAUUGUAAUAGAAAAAUACAAUUUUAACCAUUCUCAUUUUAGCUCCACCCCCCACCUUCUUUUGGUGGUAUGCAACUGUUACAAUCGUGUGUGUGUGCGCAUGCGUGUGUGUCUUUUCUUAGCAAAAGAAUUUUAAAACUUGAGCCUUGGACCUUUUGCCCUGCUAACGUGUGAAUUCCAAGGUGACUUUAGCCACCAGAGCAAAAGCCUUCGGUGUUCUCACAUUCAGUGGCCUUUCUCCAGAUUGUCUGAUUUCUGAAUGUAAAUCCUUUUUUUUCAGUAGCAGUUUGUAGUAUUUUAAAGAAAGAACAAAUCAGGUUCUAAUUAUAAUCUAGCUUGAUUUUGUGUUGAUCCAGAUUUGCAUAGCUGUUUAGUGUUAAGUCAUGGCAAUUUAUUUCUCUGAGCAUGCUAUGUAAACUUGAAUUUCCUAUGUAUUUUUAUUGUGGUGUUUUACAUGUGGGGAGGGGAUUGAGCAUUUUUUAGAGGGAAAAAAAUAAUGUAUGCUGUGAUUGCCACACACGGGCCUCUGAUGUAGCUGGCGGGCCAGGUUUUCUGAAGAGCAAAAUCACCUUUGGGCCCUUUGGUGAGAGGUGGGCCUCCCUCCCCAUCAGCAUUAUGCUGGACCUCUGGUGGUGGCAGGGAAGCCUCGGCCUGCCUGGCCCAGAUCCGCACCUCUCCAACUCCCCCCCUCCCCAGGUGGGCAGGGCAAAGGGAACCCCCACCUCCUCAGACUGACCCCAGGGCCUCCCAUUAGGGCCCUAGGCUGUGGAGUUGUAAAUGAGGCUGUCUGCGGGCCCUCAGCCUGGGGAGGUGGAGGAAGCCUCCACGUGGCCCUGGGGGCUGCCCUGCUGGCUCUGCCGGCAGCACCGCCUGGCCCACCUCGCAGGACUGGUUCUCCUUCUUUCCCCUUCCUCUCUUCCGCUGCCUUUCUCCUUCCUGCCUCCCCAUUUUUGUUCCUUUGCCUCUCGCCUGUUCCCUAAAACUGGCGUGUGGCGCUCAGGUUCAAACAGAGUUCAUCCUCUAGCAUGAAUGUGCCUUUUAAUUAGAGAUCUAGAAAGAAGUUCAGCUGAACCCACUCACACUCCCCACGACCACUCUGGUGCCUAAAGCCUCCCGUCCCCCCUCAGGUUUCUAGGAGGUGCUCCCACUCCUGGGAGGCUGACCCACAGGGAGUGUCUUCCCCAAGCCCACCUCUGCUGCGGGAGGUUUUAGCCUGCCUGAGGUGAGGUGCACAAGGCAGUUCCUACCACUGGGCGCCCUUGCUGGGUCCAGCCCAGGCUAAGGACUUAGGAUUUAGCUUUCUAAUCCUAGGGUUGACCUUUCAGCUCGUGGCAGCCUGGACCUCCACCACUGACCUUCGGGAAGCCAGCCCUCAGUGUGGAGGCUGAGUUGGUGCCCAGCCCCAAUCUUACCUGUGCCUUUAUCACUUUGAACAUCUCAGAUGCUGACUUGGUUCUUUCCCCAGAAGCCUUUGUAUUGGUUACAAAUUAUUUUCCACUGCAGAAGCAGCUGGGCUGUGCGAAGAGUAUUCCUUCUGUCAGUUCCCUGCUCCUUGAGAGCGAUGUUGAUAGAGCUAAGAAUGAGUGCACUGAGAGGCGGUUUGGGGAAAUGCAAAGAAUGAAGGCCUCUCUUUCUGUCCCCAGAUCCUGACUUUUCCAAAGUGCCUUAAAAGAAAGGAGACAAAUAACCCUGGGUGGUAACCUUUUUGUUAUUUUACUCUUAAAGCAAAAUUCUUUUUGUUUUGUUUUCCUAUUACGUUUUCCUCCAUGUUCCAUUGGAAUAGUCAAGUAUGUGGUUCAUUCUCAGGACCAAGGGAAAUCCUGUUUCACCCCUUCGCUAACCUUCUGGUGCUCUCAAGGGGCCCACCUGGGCCCCAGGUUAGGCCUGGACCUUGCCUGGGUCAUGAGAUGCUGCAGGGCCUGUUUCCUCCCUGGGCCGUUUGGGGAUGAGGGUUCAGAGAGCAUUUCCUUCACCUGGAAGUUAUCGCCAUGAAGUUGUCAUGUGCUGUGCCUUUCUCUGUUUCUGUUCAUUCCACUGCUGGUGACCCUGUCAAGUGGCCUUUGAGAAAGAUCAGAAGGCAGAGGUGGUACAAGGGUGUGAAUGAAAUGCUGGUGCUGGCUCUCAGCCCAGGCAGUGUCUCUGCUGACCUCAGGGCUGGAUGUGGGGUGCCCCACACCGCUGGGAGGGCAGCUUUCCUGUCCUAGAGACCUGUCGUGCUGUGUAUUUCGAUUUCCCGUGUAUGCAAAUGUAUGUAUCUGCCAUUGUAAGUGGGGGGUGGGGGAAUGUCUGAUCUUGGUGUUCAAAGCAGAACUGUAUUUUUGCCUUCAAAAUCUGGUAAUAUAACGUGAAUAAAUGACCCUAUCUUUGUAA